GCCCAAAGUAAACUGCUUGAUUCAGCCCCACCUCCAACUUCCCUUUUCUUGGGUGGCAAAACACUGGGGAUUCUUUAAUUCACGAGAAAGGAUAUUUCCUCUUUAUUGGAGAACUAUAAAAGGAGUGGAGAAUCCAGUGAGAAGUCAGAGGAGCAAGAGUAGCACAUUACCUAGGGUUCUCCUAUCUGGUUUGGUUUUGUUCUGUUUUAAAAUUUUUUAUAAGUAUUUAACUAUUUACAAAAACCCCUAGGUCCAUUCCUCGAUAUCUUCUCCCCUGAAAAGACCAUGAAGGCUUCCGUAAUGAUUCUGCUUCACCUCUUACUUAUGGUUAUCUGUUGUCCAACUGCCUUUGCAGCAGGAGCUGCGGUCAUUCCCUCGACUUGUUGUGUGAACUACAUACAGAAGGCAAUCCCCUCAAGCCUGGUGGCCAGCUACCAAGUGACCAAUCGGAGUGCCUGCUCCAUGCCUGGAGUGAUCUUUACCACCAAAGCCAACCGACAAAUCUGUGCUGACCCCACAGGGCAGUGGGUCAAGGAUCGCAUGAAGAUGAUAGAUGCUAAGAAGGCCAAGCUGUCCCUGGGGGCUGGGCCAAAGGCCUUGAAAAACCGCCGCAAGAAGCCAUCUUCUAACAGCACCACCAUGGAUCACUAGGAUGGGGAUGGUAUCUACUGGCCAGCUGCCUGGUGGGAUGGAAUGGGUGGUGGAGAAGGUGGUCUUCCUCCUUCUCUCUCAGCUGGACCAUCAUCAGAGUAGAUGGCUAAUACUUUGUACCUCCCAGGUUCCCAGAUGCCAAUUUGCCACCCAUGUGACCCAAAGCAAGUCCUCUUUGCUCUCUAGGCCAGGUCCCUUCCUCCUCCUCUGUAAGAUCAAUGGAAUCAGAGAUCUAGAUUUAGAAGCACCUAGAAGCCACCGAGCCACCCUUCCUCCGCUUCAUUUUAGAGAGGAGGAAACUGAGGCCCAGAGAGACUUAGCUGAAGUCAUGAGUUGGCAGAACUGGGGUUCAGACCAGGGCCUCUGGCUCCAGUUAUGGCCUGACGGGUGAUCUCUAUGAUCUCUUCCAUCGCUAAUGUCCUGUGCUGGUUACCAAAUGAGAUGAUGUAGAUAAACUGCUUUUUUCUACUUUCAACUGUUCCAUCAACAUAGACUCUUUCUUUCCAUCCUAACCCCCGGCUCUGCAGUCAAUGGCCCCAGUCCUGGGGGGGGGGGGCGGUGUGAGGGGAGGAAGGGAGACGAGGAUUUCACUGGGAAAGGAUGCCUUGGUUACUCUUGUACCAUUGACAGGGUGGAAUCCUUGCCCCUCUUGACACAGAGGCUUGUAGAAAUGCUCUAGAAGCCCCAAUUUAUAAGCUCUUUCUCUAGAAACAUAGAUUAUUUCAUUGUAGGCACCUGACUCAGAGUAGUAACAAACAUUAUUGAUUGACUUGCUUGAUUGUCCACCAUGAGCAGAGUGAGAGAAAAUAUGGCCUAGAGGAUAUAGGGUUAAGCUUAGAGUCAGGAAGACCUGGGUUCGUAGCCCCCCCCCCCAUACUGGCAAGGACCCUGCAUGAGUUGCUCUGUUUCUAAGUACCCCCAUGCAGUUCUCUAAGACAAGUUGCCACCUCAGUCACUGAAGGGAAUUUCUACACCAGAUGGUCCCGCUCCCAAGAGAUCACAAGACUGGAAGAAAAAGAAAUGUGCAAGACACUGGAUUAUUGAUGUGCCUGAAGCAGUAGUCACAUGUUAUCAGGGAGACAGAGGCUCCGUGGACACUCUUGGGCCAGACCCUAAGUGAGCCUUGUCUGGGGCCUCUCCAUGUAGCUGUUACUUUGAGUUUGGGCUUGGGGGACCUGAAAAGUUAUCCCCUCAGGGAUCAUGAUAUCAUUAGAGUGGCAUUUUACAUUUUACAGAUGAGGAAACUGAGGCAGAGAGAGGCCAUGACCUCCCUAUGGUCACACAGCUAAUAAAAGUCGGAGGUAGAAUCAUAACCUAGAAUAGACCUGGAGGUGACCUUGUCCAAUGGCCUCAUUUAACAGAUGAGAAAAACGAAGUCCAGCAAGAUGGGCAAUCAGGACAACUUGAGGGUGUGGAGUUACAGUAUUUAUGGGGGGAGAGGGUUAAUUUCUGUGAACUUCUUAUAUUAUAACUUAUAUUAUAGUUAUUUGUGUAUUAUAUAUAUAUAUAUCUUAUCCCUUUUCCUAGAAUGUAAGUCCCUUGAGGUCAAGACCUCUAUUUCCUUCCUUUGUAUCUUUGUAUCUGCAACUCCAGCCCAGUGCCUUUUAUUGAAUGACUGUUUAAUAAAUGGUUAUUGAACGAAAUAAACUGAACUUUGGUUGA